GCGGCGGCAGCGCGCGGGGAGCGGCGGGAUCGGAUCGGGCCGGACCGGAGCCGGGAGCGGGGCCUUGACCGGGAGCGGGGCCUUGACCGGGAGCGGGGCCAUGCGGGCGGCCCAGACCCCCGCUGCGCAGCAGCCGCCCCGGCGCGCCCCCCUGCAGGAGCUGCGGCUGCAGCCGGGUGCAGACCGCACCAGCCUCACCCCGCUGCUCCGCCGCCUGCGGCUCAAGGACCAUGACUGUGCCACCCCAGUGUCGUGCACCCGGGGCCCCCCCAGCAGCAUCACCCGGUUGCCCUGCCCCCCAGGACCCCCCAGAAGUGCUAUCCAGUUCCCCCCCAGCAGCACCACCCUAGUGCCUUGCAGCCUGGCCCCCCCCAGCAGCACCAUCUCAGAGCCCCCUGGGACUCCCGCCCUGGGGCCCAGCAGCUCAGAGACCCCCAGGAGUCCCACCCUGAAACCUGGCGCCCCUGAGCACCCCAGGAAUCCCACCCUUGUGCCCAGUGCGCCAGAGCCCCCCAGCAGCACCAGCCUGGAGCCCCCUGGCAGUUCCACUCCAGGGCCCUGCACCCCAGAGCCCCCCAGCAGCCCUGUGCCAGCCCCCCUGUGCAGCCCCCUCCCAGGGCCCUGCAGCCCAGAGCCCCCCAGCAGCCCUGUGCCAGCCCCCCUGUGCAGCCCCCUCCCAGGGCCCUGCAGCCCAGAGACCCCCAGCAGCAUCAUCCUGGGGCCGUGCAACCCAGAGACACCUGGGACCACUGUGCCAAUUCCCCUGUGCAGCCCCACUCUGGGGUCAUGCACGCCGGAGCCCCCCAGCAGCACCCUGCAGGACCCCCUGUGCAGCCCAGUCCCAGGGCCCUGCACCCCGGAGCCCCCCGGCAGCACCCCGCCAGCCCCCCUGCGCAGCCCUGUCCUGGGGUUGUGUACCCCGGAGCCCCCUGGCAGCACCACCCCAGGACCCCCUGGCAGCGCCAGCUCGGCCUCCUGCACCCCAGGGCCCCCUGGCACCAGCUCCACCCCGCAGGAAGCUCCUUUCCACGGCUGGCGAGUGGCGCCCGCUGACCUCUCCUGCAGCCCCGUGGCCCCUGAGCCCCUGGCUGGAGAUGGCAGUGCGGGUACCCCGUCUUGCCAAGACACCCCUGAGGGGGCUGAGUCCCCAGCCCCUGCCCCCCCAGAGCAGGGUUCCCCCAGACCCCCUCCCACUGAGGCAGGUAGGUCGGAGCAUGCCGGGUUGGAGGCAAUGGCCACCACCAUCCCCUCGCCCGAGGUGGCCCCGGGUGCCGUGUCCUGGGUGUUGCCGCUGGUGUGGCUGGAGAAGAGCCUCAACACCUCAUCCCUGCUGGAGUCCAUGCGGCACAGCCUGCCCCUGCCUGUGCUGCGGCGGGAUGCUGGCACCAGCGUCACUCCCGUGUCCACCGCGGUCACUGGCACCAGCGUCACUCCUGUGCCCACCGUGGUCACCGGUACCUUCAUGACCCCCCGGGACCUGCGGGAGAGGAGCACAAACACAUCCACGGGUGGCCUCCUCUGCGCCAAGGACAGUGCUGCCGAAACGGACUCCCUGCUCUGGCACUGUCCCCGGGAGCAGCUGAAGUCCCUGCCGCGGGCAGAGCUGGAGGGGCGGCUGGAGAGCACCCUCAUCAUCAUCGAAGCCCUCUCGCUCCAGCUGCGCGACUGGCAGGAGAGCCAGCGGCCGCUGCCCGGCGUGGGGCCGGCCGAGCAGAGGGACGCGCUCACACAGACAGAUGUCACCCACCCCAAAGGGGAGGAAGAGAUCUACCGCAACCUCUACCUCGAGCUGCGGAGGAAAACGGAGGCUCUGCAGCGGCAGCGGGGAGCAGAGCAGGACCUGCAGCGGGAGCUGGAGCUAACCACCACAGGGACGAGCGCCUGGAGCAAGCAGUGCCUCCUGUUCCGGGGCCUUGCGGAUGCCGCAUUUCAGAAGUUGCAGGAUGAGCAGGGAGCCCUUGCCUGGGAGCAGGAGCAGGCGAGGGCCCUGGUGUCCCGGUGCCGGGCCGUGCUGGAGAGCGUGCCAGGCAAGCUGCGGAGCUGCCUGGAGGAGCGGGAUGCCAUGAGGCAGCGAGCGGACGAAGCCCUCCGAGCCAAGGAGGAGAGCGAUUGCUUCUUGGAGGCCUUCCGCACCCAUGCCAGUGCCCGGCUUGCCGCCCGCGACCAGAGCCUGGCCUCCCAGCGAGAGCUGGGCACGCUGCUGGCAGACGCCAUCGACCAGCAGGCAUCCCUGGCUGCUGAGGCUCAGCCCUUCAGGGAGUUCAUAGACAUCACCUUUGAAAAUCUGGAGGAGGAAAGGAGAGCCCUGGACGCAGAGCGGGAGCAGGCGAGGGCCCUGGUGUCCCGGUGCCAGGCCGUGCUGGAGAGUGUGCCCGGCAAGCUGCGGAGCUGCCUGGAGGAGCGGGACGCCAUGAGGCAGCGAGCGGAUGAAGCUCUUCAAGCCAAGGAGGAGGCAUCCUGCCAGCUGGAGGAGACCUCGGUGGCCCUGCAGGAUGCGGUGGCUCAGCUGGAGCAGCUGACGGUGGCCAACUCACGCCUCAGCACAGAUCUGAGCUCCCUGAUGGUGAAUCUGGCCAACCUGGAGCAGGAACGGGAUGCGCUGCAGCAGGAGAACGAGAAGCAGUGGGAGGAGAUGGCUUGGCUGGCGCGGGAGAGGGACACCCUGCAGCGGGAGUGCAAUGGGCUGUGCCAGGAGCUGCGGGAGGCGACCGAGUGCCGGGAGUUCCUCAACCAGGAGAACCACAUGUCCCGCACGCAGCUGCUGGAGGUGGAGGCCAGGCUGAAGUCCACGCUGGCUGCCCUGCAGGAGCGCAGCCUGCAGUAUGAGGAGCUGAUGGACUCUCACCAGUGCCUACGGGAAGAGCAGGCUGCCCUUGGCAAGGAGCUGGAGAGCACCAAGGCCGAGCUCCUCGACUUGCAGCUCAAGAGGGACAAAGUCUCCUGGUGCUCCACGGACAUUACCGAGAGCAAGAUGCGGCUGCAGGAGCUUGCUGAUUGCCUCAGGGCUGCUCUGCAGGAGGAGGAUGAUGCCCCAUCGAGAAGCAGAGCCUGGACCCCGGCUCCACGGACGCCAGGCUGGCAGACACCCCACCGUGCCUGGACCCCUGCCUGCCGCACGCCGGCGUGCCGCACCCCGUACCGUGCCGGGAGCUCCUUCGUGGGCAGUGUCCUGAAAGCGGUGUCGGGGAAAGAUGCCGAUGAAGCCACGGGAGGUGGGAGUGCAUUUACCAAGGACAAACCUGCCUCUACGCCAAAGCCAAUAGAGCCCGAGGACGGUCUGCUGGAGAGCGUGAAGGAGCUGAGAGCCGUAGUCUCCGACCUUGCCAUGUUGAGUUCCCGCAUCCAGGAGCUGGAGCAGAGCGAGUUCAAGGCGCUGCAGACAAAGAUCUCCGACCUGCAGCUCCGUCUGGAGACGGUGACAGCCGAGAGUCAGGAGAAGAUGGACACCCAGGCUGCCACCAUCGCCAAGCUGAACAAGGCACUGAGGGGCAAGCUAGAGAAUGAGAGGGAGCUGCAGGACGUGGUGAAACAGCAGGAAGAGAAGAUGCUGCAGCUCAUCGACAAGAGUGGGGAAGUUACGAGGCUGAAGGGAGAGGUCUCCCAGCUGAAGCGCUCGCUCCAGCGUGCAGAGACAGAGGCCAAGGUGCUGUGGGAGGAGAUGCGGGGGCAGGAGCCCAAGGUGGACGCUGCCUACGUCCAGGAGCGAGUCCUGCUGCGGCAGGAGGUGGACAAACUACGGUUGCUGCUCCUGGAGAAAGAGGAUGAGAAUCUGCUGCUCUCUGACAAAUACCUGGAGCAGGUCCGAGGGCUGGAGCUGAGGCUCCAUCACGCCCAGAAAGUGCUGAGGACCCAUGAGGAGAUGCAGGAGAAGAUGAAAGAGGUCCUGUCAGCUGUCCCUGACGUGGCAGCAGGCUGCCAGGAGCACCACAGCCUGCUGCGGUACUUGGGCCUGAAGCCGGCCAGUGGCAGCAAGGAAGGUGCUGAGCUGCUGUAGCCUGUAGCGUGAAACCUUCAUGUUCUUAAUGCUGUAAUUAUUUAUUGAAUAAA